GCGACGGCAGGUGAGUUCCGGGCCGCAGCCGGCUGCUUCGGCGGGCCGGGCCUCUCCGAGCAGGGGCACCCCAGCCUGGCUCCGGGCCGGCUGGGGCUUGGCUCUGCCAGGUGCGCAGAACGCCGCUGCCAGGUUCCCUGCUGGAGGCCCACGCUCACCCCAGCAGGCGCGGCCCACCACUGCCAGCUGUCCACGGAGAAUGCGGAUGUCAGCUGCUUCCUGGGGGUGGCGCUCUACACAGAGGUGAGCCCAGGCCAGAAUGGGGGACUCCAGGGACCUUUGCCCUCACCUUGACUCCAUAGGGGAGGUGACCAAGGAGGACUUGGUGUUCAAAUCUAAGGGAGUCUGUCAGUCGUGUGGUGUUGCUGGACCGAACCUGUGGGCCUGUCUCCAGGUCUCCUGCCCUUACGUUGGCUGCGGAGAAUCCUUUGCCGACCACAGUACCAUUCAUGCUCAGGCAAAAAACCAUAACCUGACGGUGAACCUGACCACAUUCCGGGUGUGGUGUUACGCCUGCGAGAAGGAGGUGUUCCUAGAGCAGAGGCCGGCAGCGCAGCCGGCAGGCCCCUCACCCAGGUUCUCGGAGCAGGACUCCCCCCUGCCCUCCCACCUUCUGAAAGCCGUCCCUAUUGCUGUGGCCGACGAAGGAGACUCCGAGUCCGAGGAUGAUGACCUGAAGCCUCGAGGCCUCACGGGCAUGAAGAACCUCGGGAACUCUUGCUACAUGAGCGCCGCCUUGCAGGCCUUGUCCAACUGCCCUCCACUGACCCAGUUCUUCUUGGAGUGCGGAGGCCUGGUGCGCACAGACAAGAAGCCAGCGCUGUGCAAAAGUUACCAGAAGCUGGUCUCUGAGGUCUGGCACAGGAGACGCCCAAGCUACGUGGUUCCCACCGGCCUGUCUCACGGGAUCAAGUUAGUCAACCCGAUGUUCCGAGGCUAUGCACAGCAGGACACCCAGGAGUUCCUGCGCUGCUUGAUGGACCAGCUCCACGAGGAGCUCAAGGAACCGGAGGUGGUGGCUGCGACGGUGCUGGCCGAGGCACAGGACUCAGACUCGAGCGAUACGGAUGAGAAGCGGGAGGGUGACCGGAGCCCGUCAGAGGACGAGUUCCUGUCCUGCGACUCGAGCAGUGACCGGGGUGAGGGCGACGGGCAGGUUCGCGGCGGGGCCAGCUCGCAGGCUGAGGCGGAGCUGCUGAUCCCCGACGAGGCGGGCCGCGCCAUCUCCGAGAAGGAGCGCAUGAAGGACCGCAAGUUCUCCUGGGGCCAGCAGCGCGCCAGCUCCGAGCAGGUGGACGAGGACGCCGAUGUGGACACGGCCAUGGCCGCCCUUGACGACCAGCCCUCGGAGGCCCAGCCACCGUUGCCGGGCUCCUCCAGCCCCUUCCGGACCCCAGAGCCAGACAACGAGGCCCACAUGCACAGCUCGUCCCGCCCCUGCAGCCCCGCGCACCACCACGAGGGCCACGCCAAGCUGGCCGGCAGCCCUCCCCGCUCGAGCCCCGUGAGGAUGGGGCCCUCGUACGUGCUCAAGAAAGCCCAGGUGCUGAGUGCCGGCAGCCGCAGGCGGAAGGAGCAGCCCUACCGCAGCGUCAUCUCCGACAUCUUCAACGGCUCCAUCCUCAGCCUCGUGCAGUGUCUCACCUGUGACAGGGUCUCCACCACGGUGGAGACGUUCCAGGACCUGUCAUUGCCCAUUCCUGGCAAGGAGGACCUGGCCAAGCUGCACUCGGCCAUCUACCAGAACGUGCCGGCCAAGCCGGGCGCCUGCGGGGACAGCUAUGCCGCCCAGGGCUGGCUAGCCUUCAUCGUGGAGUAUAUCCGGAGGUUUGUGGUAUCCUGUACCCCCAGCUGGUUUUGGGGGCCGGUCGUCACCCUGGAGGACUGCCUUGCUGCUUUCUUUGCCGCCGAUGAGCUGAAGGGUGACAACAUGUACAGCUGUGAACGGUGUAAAAAGUUGCGGAAUGGGGUGAAGUACUGUAAAGUCUUGCGGCUGCCUGAGAUCCUGUGCAUCCACCUGAAGCGCUUCCGGCACGAGGUCAUGUACUCGUUCAAAAUCAGCAGCCACGUCACCUUCCCCCUCGAGGGACUUGACCUGCGUCCGUUCCUUGCUAAGGAGUGCAAGUCCCAGAUCACAACCUACGACCUCCUCUCGGUCAUCUGCCACCAUGGCACAGCAGGCAGUGGCCACUACAUCGCCUACUGCCAGAAUGUGAUCAACGGGCAGUGGUACGAAUUUGACGACCAGUAUGUCACCGAGGUCCACGAGACGGUGGUGCAGAACGCUGAGGCCUAUGUGCUCUUCUACCGGAAGAGCAGCGAGGAGGCGGUGCGGGAGCGGCAGCAGGUCGUGUCCCUGGCUGCCAUGCGGGAGCCCAGCCUGCUGCGGUUCUACGUGUCCCGGGAAUGGCUCAACAAGUUCAACACGUUUGCCGAGCCUGGGCCCAUCACCAAUCACACGUUCCUCUGCUCCCACGGAGGCAUCCCACCGCACAAGUACCACUACAUCGACGACCUGGUGGUGAUCCUGCCCCAGAACGUGUGGGAGCACCUGUACAACAGGGUGCGCUCGCUCGCUCUCGCUCUCUCUCUCUCUCUCUGCCCUUCCUCCGGGCGCAGAUUCGGGGGUGGCCCUGCCGUGAACCAUCUGUACGUGUGCUCCAUCUGCCAGGUGGAGAUCGAGGCGCUGGCCAAGCGCAGGCGGAUUGAGAUCGACACCUUCAUUAAGCUGAACAAAGCCUUCCAGGCCGAGGAGUCCCCUGGCGUCAUCUACUGCAUCAGCAUGCAGUGGUUCCGGGAGUGGGAGGCCUUUGUCAAGGGCAAGGGCAAGGACGCCGAACCCCCCGGGCCCAUCGACAACAGCAGGAUCGCACAGGUCAAAGGAAGCGGCCACAUCCAGCUGAAGCAGGGAGCUGACUAUGGGCAGAUUUCAGAGGAGACCUGGGUCUACCUGAACAACCUGUACGGCGGCGGCCCCGAGAUCGCCAUCCGACAGAGCAUGGCCCAGCUCCAGGACCCAGAGAGCCUGCACGGGGAGCAGAAGAUUGAAGCCGAGACCCGGGCCAUGUGACCUGCUGGGCCAGCCUUCUCUAGAAGCAGAUGCGGCUGGAAUUCCGGCAGAGCCCGGGAAGCUCACUCUACGGUCCUUCUACCCGGGUCCUCCGCCACCGAGGCAGCGCGCAAUCGCCAUUGGAGAACAAGCCGCUCUGGAAUCCCCUGACGCUUGCUACAGUCUUGAAAGUUCCUGCUGCAGCCAGUCCCUGCGGCGGGGCUGGGUGGCCAGGCAUUGCCCUGCUGGUGACAGAGUCUGCGCCAGGUCGUAAACUUGUCCCCGCCGUCGGCGCGGCCUUGUUGGUGUUCAGAAUGUCCUAAUAAAUACAUAUGCAUCCCCGCA